AUUAUUCAUCUACCCCCUAGCCGCCACUUUCUUUUUCCUUCUCUUUCUUCCUCACGGUGGCGGCAGCAGGGAGCUUAGCUCCUUCUCCCAUGGCACACGGCAGCAGCACCUCCCAUGGCGCCGCCGUAGCUCAAGCAGCCGAGCUUCCCUCCACGGUCGAGCGCUCUCCCUGCUCCUUCUCCCUCGUGCAGGCCUGCUCCAGCCGAGUCCCCUUCUUCCUCCUCCUCUCCAUGGCGUGAGCUCCAUUUUCAGAGCCGCCGAAGCUCCUCCCAGGAUGCUGGCCUCUCUCCCCUGGCCGGCCCUCUGAUCCCUGCGCUCGGUAUCCCUGCAGCAGGACGCCCCUCUUCCUCGGCGCGUUGAAGCUGCUCCCAUGGCGCCCAUCUCUUCCUCCCUCUCUCUGCUGUCCAUGGCAAGCAGCCGAGCGCCCUCCCUGUUCUCCUCUUGGCGCGAGCUCCCUGCUCCUUGCUCGACGGCCAACAGAGGACAGCGACGCCCUUCUUCCCCAAUAGCAUGGAGCAGCGGCUUCCCUCUCCCAACUCGGCCUCGCCAUCGCGCAGGGAAGGGCAGGCGCCCAGAAAUUCCAGCAGCCUCUCCAUGGCCGAGCUCCCUGUUCCCUCUGCUCUAGCCGGCCAUCUCCCGCAGCACACGUCGAGCUCCCCUUCGAUCCGGUUCAGCGCAGGCAGCAGCAGCUUCUAUGGAUGGCGCCCAGAAAUUUUUUCCAGCGCCUCGCUGUUCAUCUUCCUCCCAGCCGGCUUCCCUCCCCUGCUGCUGCUCGCCCCUUCCUCCUUUUCCCUGGUGCGGCAGCAAGGAUCCCCUGCUCGGACUGCAGCCAUGGCGUCCAAGUCUCUGCGCAGCAAUGCCGGUCCAAAAACUGCAGCCCUGUCACUCCCCUGGCUUCGUCGCUGCUUUGUGCUGCGCAGUGAACAGCACGCCGUCGACGCUCGCCGGGUGUUUGCUGUUUUUGCGCAGCCCCAUCCGCGACGUCUUUCACCCCCGAUGAGACAACGACGCUCCUUGUUUGAUUCCACAUCGGCGUUAUUUUCAUAUGAUUAAUUGUGUAUGUGUGCUGUUUUAUUUUUGUUUUGUGGAAGAGAGGCACCCCGUGUUUUGAGUGGAGAAGAAGGCAAGCCGCUCGAUGCUCGUCAGAUGUUCGGAGCGAUGCACAAAUCGGAAUCACCGUCGAUCUUGAAAACGCCGUUUGAGUUUGUUUAUGGUGAGCCGAUGCAUGUCGCUCUCGAUUGACUUGAUUAAUAAAUUAUAUAGAUGUGGUUGAAAUGUUUUGGCGG